GAGUCAGACAGGAGGAGGAGGAAAGUGAACAGCUGUUAACGCGUAUAAACUCUUAUAAUACAAAUAAAUACAUAAAUGCAACGGUUGUCGGUAUAUGGAUGUGAAUAAAGCGGAAUCGGUGUAUCAGUCCAGCUAUACAGAGGAAAUAUAACCGCGGUCCACAGAGGUCCUGAAGAUCAGAUGCUGGUAUAAGAAUCAGUACCACGAUGGAUUACGAGCUGGAGGAAGAUAAACUUGGUAUUCCUACAGUUCCUGGAACAGUGACGCUGAAGAAAGAUGCUCAGAACCUGAUUGGGAUCAGUAUAGGUGGAGGAGCUCAGUACUGCCCCUGUCUCUACAUAGUGCAGGUGUUUGAUAACACACCUGCAGCGCUGGAUGGAACACUAGCAGCAGGAGACGAGAUCACGGGGGUGAACGGAAAAGCCGUGAAGGGAAAAACUAAAGUGGAGGUGGCGAAAAUGAUCCAGGCUGUACAGGGUGAAGCUGUGAUCCACUAUAAUAAACUACAGGCGGAUCCUAAACAGGGGAAAUCUCUGGAUAUCGUGCUGAAGAAGGUGAAGCACAGGCUGGUGGAGAACAUGAGUUCAGGAACUGCAGAUGCGCUGGGGCUCAGCAGAGCUAUCCUCUGUAACGACGGACUGGUGAGGAAGCUGGAGGAACUGGAGAAGACUGCUGAGCUGUAUAAAGGGUUGAUGGAACACUCUAAGCGUUUACUCCGAGCGUUCUUCGAGCUCUCACAGACUCACAGAGAUUUCGGAGAUGUGUUCUCGGUGAUCGGGGUUCGGGAACCACAAGCUGCAGCCAGCGAGGCCUUCGUGAAAUUUGCUGAAGCUCAUCGUAACAUCGAGAAACACGGAAUCCACCUCCUGAAAACCCUCAAACCUAUGCUGCACGAUUUAAACACGUACCUUCACAAAGCCAUUCCAGACACCAGACUGACCAUCCGAAAAUAUCUGGACGUCAAGUUCGAAUACUUGUCGUACUGUCUGAAGGUGAAGGAGAUGGACGAUGAAGAGUACAGCUGCAUCGCGCUGGGUGAACCUCUGUACCGCGUCAGUACAGGGAACUACGAGUAUCGUCUGAUUCUGCGCUGUCGCCAGGAAGCUCGAGCUCGAUUCGCCAAAAUGCGCAAAGAUGUUCUGGAGAAGAUCGAACUGCUGGAUCAGAAACACGUCCAGGACAUCGUGUUCCAGCUGCAGAGGUUCGUGUCGGGAAUGUCCCAUUACUACGACGAGUGUUACUCGGUGCUGAAGGAGGCCGACGUGUUCCCCAUCGAGGUGGAUCUGUCCCGCACCACCCUCAGCUACACCCCCCACACCUACACCGACCAAGAGGAGGACGAGGAGGAACCAGAGGAGGAGCCAGCGCAGGAACGCCACGGGGAAGAUGCACAGAACGGAGCUGAGAAACUCAUCGAUGAUGAAUGAGUGAUUGUGGAGAAACAGUACAUGGAUGGAUGGAUGGAUGGAUGGAUGGAUGGAUGGAUGGAUGGAUGGAUGGAUGGAUUAAAGAUGAAUAAUGAAUGAUGGAUGAAGGAUGGAUGGAUGGAUGAAGGAUAAAUAAUGAAUGAUGGAUGGAUGGAUGGAUGGAUGGAUUAAUGAUGAAUAAUGAAUGAUGGAUGAAGGAUGGAUGGAUGGAUGAAGGAUAAAUAAUGAAUGAUGGAUGGAUGGAUGGAUGAAGGAUAAAUAAUGAAUGAUGGAUGGAUGGAUGGAUUAAAGAUGAAUAAUGAAUGAUGGAUGAAGGAUGGAUGGAUGGAUGAAGGAUAAAUAAUGAAUGAUGGAUGGAUGGAUGGAUGAAGGAUAAAUAAUGAAUGAUGGAUGGAUGGAUGGAUGAAGGAUAAAUAAUGAAUGAUGGAUGGAUGG